AUGUUCUGCUCAACAAGCAAAGGGCGUAAACGCCCUCCUUGGCUUCUACAAAUACGGUCGUCCACAGCAUUCAUCGUCGCCACAGUAUGGACAUCGUCGUUUACAGACUAUUUCUUAUAUGCAAUGAUUGUUCCAGUGAUGCCAACUGCGCUGGUCGACAGGGCAGGAGUUCCAUACGAUGAACGCGAAUACUGGGUCAGCGUACUCUUGAUGUGUGAGGCAGCCGUCGCGUUCGUCUGCUGCCCCAUCUUCGGGUACCUCGUCGACAUCGCACCCACCCGCCAGUUCCCCUACCUGUUCGGGCUCAUCCUGCUCGGCGCCUCGAUGGGGAUGCUGGCGGUCGCACAUACCGUGUGGCUGUUCAUAGUUGUGCGGUUGCUCCAGGGCGGUGCGACAGCCAUGGUGGCCGUCGCGGGCCUGGCGCUCAUGACCGACUCGGUCUCGUUCGAUAACCUGGGCCAGACGAUCGGGUAUCUGGGUUCGUCGAUCGCGCUGGGCUUCCUCCUUGGUCCCCUGCUUGGCGGACUAGUCUACAAUGCUGCCGGGUACAAUGCGGUGUUUGCCAUGGCGUUUGCGAUCAUCGGCGUCGACUUCGUGAUGAGAGUGGCCGUAAUCGAGAAGAAGGUAGCUCGCGCGUGGUUGUCGGAUUCGCCUGAGGAGAACCCACGUGAGGAAUACCCUCAGCGCUCAUCACAGAUCUCGGAAACUGCAACGGGGUGGAGGAACAUUGCUCUGUUGCGCAUAGCCAGCCAGCCACGGGUGAUGAUCUCCUCGUUCGCCCUACUCGUCCAGGGCAUCUUAUAUUCCGCCUUCGACUCGACAAUCCCCGUCUUCGUCGAAGACAGAUUCGGCUGGAGCCCCUUUGGCGCAGGGAUAGCCUUCCUCCCCUCAGCCAUAACAGCGCUCUUCGAACCAUACUUUGGCUCCAUCUCAGACCGCUACGGCGCCCGCCUCGUAACCUUCACCGGGUUCCUCCUCCUCUCACCACCGCUCAUCAGCCUCCGCUACGUCGAUUCCAACACAACCCCACACAUCAUCCUCCUCCUCUCCCUCCUCACUCUCAUCGGCCUGUUCAUCAACGCCUGCGUGCCCGCGCUAUACGUCGAAACGCAGCAGGUCCUCGAGGAAAUGGAGCGCGCGCGUCCGGGGAUCUUCGGCAAACGAGGGGCCGUGGCGCAGGCGUUCGGCAUCCAGACCAUGUCCUCGUUUAUGGGGAUGUUCCUGGGUCCGCUUUGGGGUGGAUUUGUUGAGUAUCGGUUUGGGUGGAAUACGAUGGCGUGGACGCUUGGAUUGUUGGCUGCGGUGACGGCUGUGCCGAUGCUUUGGCUGAGUAAUGGGGCGCCGGGCGAGGUGGUUGAGGGGACAGAGAGGGAGAGGGAGAGGUUGUUGGCGGGGGCAGAGGAGAGAGGUGGCUGA